CAAUGGCUGCCUUGUCAACUUCUUCUUCUUCUUCUCAAUACUCAAAAUUCUCAAAUUACUACCACUGUUCAAACAUCUUUGUUUUGAUUAUUAUUUUUCUUGUUAGCUCCUUAUUAUUAUUGAGUAGUAGAACUAAUGCAGCUGCUAGUAACAACUUUUCCGAAGAUGUAGACAUUACUUGGGGAGAUGGGCGUGCAAAGAUACUAAACCGAGGCAAAGUUGUGACUCUAUCACUUGACCAAGUUUCUGGCUCAGGCCUUCAAUCCAAGAAUGAGUUCCUUUAUGGGAAGUUCGAUAUGAAACUCAAGCUUGUCCCUGGCAACUCUGCAGGCAUCGUCACUGCUUAUUACUUACGGUCAGAAGGGUCAACAUGGGAUGAGUUGGACUUUGAGUUCUUGGGGAACCUAAGUGGUGAGCCAUAUAUUGUACAUACUAAUGUGUACAGUCAAGGAAAAGGUGAUAGAGAGAUGCAAUUCUAUCUAUGGUUUGACCCCACUGCUAAAUUCCACACAUAUUCCAUUCUUUGGAACCAAGCUCAUGUUGUAUUUUCCAUUGAUGGGAAACCUAUAAGGGAGUUCAAAAACAUGGAAGCAGGUUUAGGCGUGGCGUACCCAAAGAGCCAAGCAAUGAGAAUGUACUCGAGCCUUUGGAACGCCGAAGAUUGGGCCACGAGGGGUGGGCUUGUGAAGACCAAUUGGACCGAGGCCCCAUUUGUUGCCACGUUGAGGGAGUUUAAAGCCGAUGCCUGUGUUUGGUCCAAUGGAGUUUCUUCGUGCAGUAAUUCUAGCUCUGAGAAUCAACAUGAAUGGCUGUCUCAAGAACUUGAUUUCAGUAGCCGAAAGAGACUCAAAUGGGUCCAGAAUAAGUACAUGGUUUAUAAUUAUUGUGCAGACACUAAACGGUUUCCUCAGGACCUUCCUUCAGAAUGCUCUGUCACCAUUGAGUGAGUGAUUGUAAAAUAUGGAAAUAAUAAAUUUUGAAAACUUAAAGAUGAAUAAUCCAUUAUCUUUUUGGUUGUUGAAAAUACUCUCCUUUUAAAUUUUUAUAUGAUAUUCUUCUUUUUUUUUUUGUUUUUGUUUUAAUCUCUCUCGAAUU